AUCAUGAUAACACAUUGUGCAAACAAUGUCUAUGAAAUGUUUGCACAGAAAGAAAACACACCCUCAGUCCACCCAUGCUGGUGUUUUCACGUAAUUGCUUAAUUUGGCUUAUAUUAAGGAUAAUGUAAGUGUUUACAGAAUAUGAUUGGCUGAUAUCUCGAUCUUUAGUUGCAUAUGUGAGGUGUGAUAGCAGAGGUCUAAUCAGAGACUAGUGAGAACACCUGUGCUGGUACUUAAAUAGCCAUGAGUUAAAAAAAAAUGAACCCUGUUUUUCCGACUUGAUUUUCACAUGUUCUCAUAUUUUAUGAAGCAAAACAAUUAAGUGUCAACCCUGGAUAAUACGUUAUUACUGUCUAUAGAAAACAAACAUGGCCUUCUGGUACAGUUUCAUCAAUUAUAAAAGGGCAAGCAGCAGCAGCAGCAAUAUUACAUUUAGUCAUUGUUGUAGUGAAAACGGUGACCAUUGUAUCAUGGGUAUGGAAAAUUGCCCGAGACACACAAUUAAGCAACAGCAUGAGAUUAACACAUGCACAGACAAAUAUUCUAAAUAAAUUACAAAUUAAAUAAAGAGUAGUAACAGAAUAAUAAUAAUUUUAAAAUAAAUGAAAUAUUUAUAUAAGGAGAGACACUCCUUGAGACAAGCAUUAAUUUGACUGGGGGUUUAUUAAAAAUGUGAAUUUUGCAUGAUCAAAUAAAUGGUAGAGACCGUAAUACGUAAUUGUUCAUAAUAAUAAUAAUAAUUCAUUAAUUGUCUAAAUAAGGCUGUGUUUCUCUAGCGUUGAAACAGCGCCAUCUCCUGGCCAGAGCAGGUAACACAUAAUUUCCCACAAUGCUGCUGCCGCACCAGCCCGGAAGUAAGACGUUUAUUGACAAUAUGGCCGCUGUGCUGGGUUUGGAUUUGGCGAAAAUUGUAAUUUGACAGCACUCACCGGGGCUGCGAUAAUAACCCGUUUUCCCGUCAGGAGUGUAAAGAACAGAUGCAUUUGAAUGAAGGGACCCGUGAACUCACGGGACGGUGUCAGUGAGCUGAGGAAACGUCCAGAGUGUGAAACCCGUCAUGUCGUUUUUCAAGAGGAAAGGUGAGGAAGCUCCCUCUGAAGGCUACAACGUCAACGCUGUCUCGCAGCAAAGAGUCCGUCUGAGGAGACCGUAGUCCCGCCAAAAGCAAAGAACCUGAGAGAGUGACAGAUGCUAAAGUAAAUAAAGCUCCACCCAGCCCUCAGUCACCAUCACAAGGACUGAGGAACCACCAUGCCAUCCAGGAGCCCGCGGGACCCAGCCAUGUGGCCAUCAAUGCCAUCUCCGCCAACAUGGACUCCUUCGCCCGGGGGCGCACCGCCAUCCUCAAGAAACAGCCGAGCCACAUGGAGGCCGCUCACUUUGGAGAUCUUGGACACUCCAGUGUGAACUAUCAGCAGGAGGACCGCUCCCGGCUGUCUAAGACGGUGGAGCACGUCCUGCGGGACGGCGUGGCCAUCCCUCACUACGUGCACUUCAUGGAACACCGGGGCGCCGACCACCUUGUUCGCUUCUGGUUGGAGUCUGAGACUUUCCGGGCCACCAGCUGGUCGCGCGUGCGAGCGCACAGCCUGAACUCUGUCAAACAAAGCUCUCUGGCGGAGCCCGUUCCCGCCUCCCCGGGCAGACCGGACCUCCCGCAGCUCGGCCUACACACGGCCGAUGUUCUCAGCAGGGAAAGUAGCAAUGAAGUCCCGGCGGUGCACACGGAGUGGCGGGACUCCUCCAUCACAGAAAGUGUCCUGAGGCCCGGCACCCCUCGAGUAGAAACCCCCAGCAGGCAGACCCCCUCCAGGACUGGGACUCCCUGCAAGCUGCAGCCCAACAGCACGCUGCAAGACCUCUCUGAACUCAUGAAAAGUAUAGAGAAGGAAGCAGUCACCAUCUUCACCAGGUACAUCUCUCCAGAUGCUGUGAGGCCCAUCCCCAUCACAGAACCAAUCAGAAAUGAUAUCGUGGCUAAGAUAUGUGGAGAGGAUGGCAUGGUGGACCCAAACAGCUUUGUCGUUGCACAAUCGGUAGUCUUCAUCAUCUUGGAGCAACAGCACUUUAGUGAUUUCCUGCGGAGCCAUCAUUUCUGUAAAUACCAGAUCGAAGUGUUGACGAGUGGCUCUGUGUUCCUGGCUGACAUCUUGUUCUGUGAGUCAGCUCUCUUCUACUUCUCUGAGUACAUGGAAAAGGAGGAGGCGAUGAAUGUAAUGCAGUUCUGGCUAGCAGCGGACAACUUCCAGAACCAGCUAGCAGCUAAAAAGGGCCAGUACGACGGCCAGGAGGCUCAGAAUGACGCCAUGAUCCUCUACGACAAGUAUUUCUCACUCCAGGCCACUAACCCUCUGGGCUUUGGCGACUCUGUGCGGAUGGAGAUCGAGUCGAAUAUCUGCCGAGAGGGGGGGCCGCUGCCAGACUGUUUCACCACUCCACUCAGACAGGCCUGGACAACCAUGGAGAAGGUCUACAUGCCAGGCUUCCUGUCUAGCAACCUUUACUACAAAUACCUGAGUGACCUCAUCAACUCGGUGCGGGCGGACGAGUUUGUGAAUGUCAACACUCCGGGUCAGGGCGGGCCCGCGGACAACGAGCGUUCAAGUUCAAAUGCCAGCGAGGGCUCUCAGACUCAGGGGGCCAAAAGGGCAGCGAUCAAGAUCCUGAAAAACUUCGACGAGGCGAUCACGGUGGACGUCGCCAGCCUGGACCCCGAGUCCUUGUACCAGCGGCCGUACGCUGGAAGGAUGACAUUCGGGAAGGUGAACGAGAUGGGUCAGUUUAUCAGGGAGGCCGAGCCAGAGCCGGACGUGAAGAAAUCCAAAGGUUCCAUCUUUUCUCAAGCCAUGAAGAAAUGGGUCCAAGGCAACUCGGACGAGGCGCAGGAGGAAAUGGCGUGGCAGAUCGCCAAGAUGAUCGUCAACGACGUCGUCCACCAGUCAGGUCACGACAGCCCCGGCAAGUCCACCAAGUUAUGACCCCGCUGAGGAACCAAAGGCCCAUCACGCCCUGCAGACACUGGCCAGACCAGUGACAAACUGUACGCAGGGCUCACUCCACAAUGAACUGCAUUAAUCUCAUUACGAACAAGGCAUUUUUUCAUCUCCCCAAUGUGUCUGUAUGAAUGUGAGAGCUUGGGUGCGUCAUGAUAAAGUUGAAGUACAUCUUUGCACCAAUCUUCCAACUCCAUAAUACUACGAAGGUACGCGUGAGGUCGCCAAAGAUGAAGCUCUUAAGUUGGACUGAAGUCACUCCUGAAGGAAGGAAACCUACAACACACACACUUGACACUGUCUGGAAAUAAUGUCUCUCUUAUCUCGGACCUAUGGAGGAUGUGACAAAGACUGAAUUUGCCCUCACGACACUCCUCCCCACACCUUUUUUAAGCAUUCCUUGUUUUUAGAUGAAAUGUAAGGGUAAGGCUUAAGCAGAUGAAAAAUCAGUGUUGUACAGUUUUCUGCGUACGCUUCCCGUCGGAGUAGUGUCGUCUGCCGUUCACUCGUGUGAGCUGUCCCACCUCGGCUGUUUUUGCGUACUGUAGAACAUUUUUGGAAACGUGACAAUGAAACAGAAGGAGAGCAGAUUUGUUCCUUGGACCGGCUCAGCUCCUAUAUGAAACUCCUGGCACCUUUUACAGAGCGUAGAAGAAGAAGAAAUAUUCCCUUAAUGGACUUAAGUGCUCCAGUUGUGUUGGAAAACUCCAAACUCCAUGUCCUUAAUGUUCUAUAUAUGUACAUGUAGAUUUCUGGUUUACCCCAUAUAUUAAUGUUAGCUCUUUUUUAUGGUGAUCUGAUUUUUUUUUUUUUAAUGCAUCGCUGACACAAAUAUCAGUGAUGACAGAACUGUUCAACUGGAAAAUGUGCUCAGUGAAUACAACUUUUUUUUAAUUUAGACCCUUACCAAGAUGUGGAAAAGAACCAGAAAAGACUCUUGGUACUAUGUACCACUAAUGUUUUCUGACAUGUAUGUAUGUGUACUUAAUCUAUAAUAUAUUUAAAUUGUGUUUGAUUUAAAUACAUAUAUUAUAAAAUGU